AUGAUUGAGACUAUCAUUCACGUACAAUCAAGGCCUUUCCCGACCGGACUCUACGCCACAUCAGCCGCUGAGAACACGGCCCUAGCGCACGCUCACUCGGUCUCCCUGGCGGACUUCACUCGACAGAGUAUGCCUGGGAGUUGCGGCCUGAAGGAUGUCAUGUCUACCACGCCUAGCAACCUUCAUCAGCACCACCAGCGAUCUGAUGGCAAGAGAAUGUCUUUGCCCGACAGCACAGGACCCUCCGUCAGCAAUUUCAUGGUGGCAUCGCCACCAUCUUUGACGGCCUACCCGCAUCACGCGGCCUCGGCCUACGUGCCCGCCUACGGCACCACGGCCAUGCCCAGCAGCCUGUCCGCCCAUCCGAUGUGGCCGCCCAACGGGGCCAUGAACUGCCCUGGGGAUGCCGCCACGGCACUAGAGAGCAGCAACGUGCUACGGCCCUCACCGCUAGCCUACAAGUCGGUCUUAUCGGGUACAUCUUGCAAUUCCAGUACUGUGUCUGAUACGGUCAAGCAUCCCAGCUCACCGGUAGGUGCAAUGAGGAUUGUACAAACGUGAACUCUGGAGGGCGACAUUUACCCUCACCUGUCGGUGUCUCCAGCAUGCAUGCAGCAGCACCACCAGCAGUGGUUCAGUCAUCCGGAGGCAGAGACCCAUUCUAAUUGUCAAUCAGAAAGCCUGGAAGCCAUGCAAGAGUAUUGGUGAUUCGGUGUUUUAUAAGAAUGUGCUAUACGAGGAGAGUCGUCAUUUUAUAUCAAGCUGGUUGACUUGCUCUCUACAAGGAGAUCACAAAAAGCCAGGGACAUCUGGACCGAUUUUACGCAUACAAAAGAAAACCACGCAGUAUUUUGCUUAUUAAUCUGUGGAGUGAUGACCCAGGAACCUUUACACAGUUGUAUAUUUUGAAAGGGGCUGUAUUUUUUUCUCUCCGUCGGUGAAUGGACAGUUAAAAAUGGAUUUUAUGUACAGGUUGAUAGACUGCAUGUUAGAAUAUUCAAGAUUCAGGCGAUAGAUCAAAAGCUCGUAAACUUUCGAGUACAGCCGACAAACCGGUACUCCACGUCCGAAGCCACUUCGAACCGUCACACAAAAGACUACAAAUGAUUCACUGGCAGUGUUUGGACGAACGUUCGAGUCGCCAACAAUCGCGUUUAAUCUAGGGGACUCCUCAUCCGUUGCAUGCUUUUGUUAGCAGAAUAAGUAUUGUUUUAUAAUUGGAGGGCGACAGUUGUUUAAUGGGUAACAGUUGGAGUUAUCCGGUGGACCCUCUUGGUUUCAUUAGGAGGUGCAUAUUCAACACAGGGAGGGGAUUGUUGUUUCUUCACCACUAGGAUUUUUUUGUUGACAACCAUAACAAGACAGGUCAUCGUGCACACUAGACUUGUUCAUGGCUUGCAUAAUGAUACCUGCGGCAGACAAUGUGUACAUAAUAAUGUAUCUGCUGCCCCCACGAAUUCCAAAUGGCUAGGACAAUCAUAGUAGGGUCUUGUAUUCAGUAAGGCCAUGGAUCCUACUUGUGCCCGUCACGGCAACAAACUUUGCCACUCUUAAAUUCAGUCUCCAAUCUCCAAUCUCACUUUUGUUUGUAAGCUUUUUUAUGACUGUUUAGGCUAUCAUAUCACUGUUAUUGGUGUUCAUUGAGGAAGUUGUGCAAGGACAAAGUCGUGUUGCACGGUCCCAGUUUGUGUUAACUUGUGUAAAACUUGUAUUCGUAUAUAAACAAAAUGCAAAUUGUAAAUUUAAACGGAUGCUUUGGGGAACUUCUUAUAUAAUAGCUGAACAAAGUCUUGUCUGAUUUACCAUUGUUUCUGGCCCAUAAGCAUUGGAGGUCAGAUGGUGAUCCUUCUGAUCCCUUCCUUCUUCGUAGCAUGUAGCAUCGAGUCCACUGUCUUGGAAACAAUGACUACAUGCUGUUACAUUUUUUGUUAGUUCUGAACCCCAGCUCUUAAAAUUACCUAUAAAGCAUCGAUAUCAGACUCAUUGUCGGUGGUUUGGAGGGGGGGGGGCACAUAUUUGGCUGGUAUUUUUUGGCUGGGGACAUCAAUUGCAAUGUUCCCCAUUUAGCCUUCAAAGUACCUGAUUUGACUAAAACCUAAAUGUUUACACAAUUUUGCACAGCGUAAUAAACAGCCGUGCGAUAUUGGUUAACAUAAAAUUACGUGAAAUGGGCGUGCAAUUCGGACAAUGAACAAAUACAUAUCCUAAAAGCGCUACCUCGAGAUUGAUAAUGUCCUGUUCCCUCCCACUCCUAUAAUUUCAUGUAGACAUGUCUAAUUGACGUCACGCUUUGUUUACAUGUGCGUUUUGCUAUGGGAGCUUUGUGGCUCUCGUCCCCACCUGGCUCCCAUAGGAAAGCGCACAUGUAAACAAAGCAUAACGUCAUAAUGUCUUAGGUCUAUUUGUGCUCUCCUUUUGCCGAAAACGUCACAUAAACCCUAAGAUAUUCUCUAUAUAUUUACGGGUAAAAGCAUACGUACCGCUGUACACAACUCAAACUGAACUUGAAUUUUUUAUUUUUUUUUUAAAGAAAAGUUAUACUGUAAUAUCACUGUGUAUUUAAGCAGUCUUGGUUACAAUUGUUGGCCUUGUUUGGUACAAAAAACGUUAUGUAAAUAAACGAAUAAAUGUUUACAACUGGUCCAGCUCUCGUCAAGCAAAUAUGAGUUUCACAAGGUUGUUUUUGACGUCGUAACAAGAGUUAAUGUUCACAUGGGACUCACGUGACUGUAAGUAAACUUUCUUAAUAAAUACGUAAUGAACACGCCAUCAUCGACACAGUAGCGAAAUUGACACCCUCAAAAUCUGAAUUGCUAAAUAUGUAAAAUCACCAAAAUAAUAGUUUGAAGAACAAGUCAUUUCCUCCGUAAUCAAUUAAUUGAAUGGCAGUGCUGUAAAAUGUAUUUAAUGUUUUUUGUGUUUUUUUAAAUUAGCGAAAGUCUUGAGUAAGCUCUAAAACACUGUUGCGGUUUCAGAAAAUCUACCAGGGUCCUUGCCCAUUUUAUGAUGCAAAACUUAUAUUAGCAAGGUUAACACCAUUCACAGAGAAAGACUUUACGCAAAUAACACGUGUAGCUUGGGUAAAAAAAACCCGACAGUCUUAAAAUUCAGAAAAACUGAUAUUAACAAACAGCAUUCAGUACAUGUUCUCCCACAUUUUUCUCAGCCCAAUAGCUGCGCGUUCGUUUACAGCGCCCUCUUUUGGCAUUUAUGAGACAAUCUCACCAUCUAGUCUUUGGGUGAAACCAUGAUCGAUUCUUGCCUCACACAUUUUUAUGAAGCAGAUACUGAAUCGACAAACCUACAUAGCUUUAGCAUUGCAUAAAAAAAUACUGGCAAAACAACACCUAGUUUUCUUCUUUUAUAAGAUAAGGAAAGUCAGUAAAGGAAUGUUUUACUGGCUUGCGCAGACAGAGGGCGCUGUUUACGAAAAUGGCCCACGCCACUGAACACUUAGUGUUGGCGUUAGAAAAACGUUCCUUUUUUUACAUGUAGAAAGGGGGAAAGAUAAAUAUUAGAUAAUUGUCCUUCCGAAGAGCUGUUAUUUUGACUAAAUUACUACUAAAAACUACAUUGACCAUAUUUCAUGUAAUUGAUUUAUUGAUACUUUUUUGCAGACAUAUGCAAUUUGUUGCACGCUCAUCUUAUCUUAACUUUUAACUUAUAAAAAGGAGUAGAGAAUUUCCUUAUAAUAAUCAUAAUGCACUAGUGUGUAUUCUUACAGUCUGUCAUUACAUAUCACUUGAAAGUGACGAUAGUCUGCCACGAGAGGGCGCUUUGCCGUGAACUUUAGCUGGGAAAACUUCACAGCACGCAAAUCUCCAAAAUAACAUAACACAAAUUUAAACAAGUCGGCAUACUACAUCGAUAAUUAUAUUAAUGCGACAUUGUAAAUUAUCUUGAUAUAUAAAUGUAUUUAUACAGAAUCAAAAAAAUUGUUGAAAUUUCUUUCCCGGUUGAGUCCACGUUGUAGGCCUUUAUAGUAUUGAGACUUUUUUCCUUGCAUUUUUAUGUGUGCAACAUUGUGUAUAUCAAUAUUAUUGUGUUGCAAUUUGUAAAUAAAACAUAAAAUCCAGAAACAUC